UACACACACGCCGUGUACAAGCUUCCACGCCGGUGUUAGCCUAACACAGACUGUCCUGGCUGGGAAUGUAGUUCAUGUCGGGAGUUGCGAUACGAGCCGAACAGCGGAUAAAGUUCGCUAACUUAGUAUUAAUGACACGUUAUGUGGAAAAGUGGAAAAAUUGAGACUCUGUAGAGACUCAAUGUAGUUAAAUAGCCCUGGAGUGAAUGGACAUUUAGUCUCCACAUUCAGUGCAGUUUUCUAACGGUGCCCCCAGUACGUUCACAGUCAUGGCAGGAAAGGGCCGUGGAGUCGCUGCCUUUACCUUCAACAUCGAGGCUCUGGGCAUCGGCAGGGGCAGCAUGCCUGAAGCCAGGGUGGGGCCCAGUCCUCUGUUUCCAAACACAGACUUUAAACCCAUCCCUCUGAAAGCUGGUGAGGACGAGGACUACAUGUUGGCCUUGAAGCAGGAGAUGAGAGGAACCAUGCAGCGUCUGCCUCACAACAUCAAGCCUCACAAGAGUAAAUCAGAAGUGGAGAGAUACGCGGAACGUUACCUGAAGCAAAGACGGGUGACGGAUGAAGAAUGGACUCCAGACUGGAACCUUUUACCAAAAGAAUUGAUGCCUCAGAAAAAGAAACUCCGUGUUAAAACAGUAACAAAGAAGAAAACAGUGAAAAUAUCGAGCAAAGACACAAAGGAUGUGCUGAAUAAACUAGAUGAACUGGCAAAGACGGAGGACGGGAACCCGGAAAAAUCUGACGACGAGACGGAGAAGGAGAAGAAGCCACGUGGUGAGGAUGAAGAGGAAGUUGAGGCAGAGGAAUAUGAGGAAGAGGACAUUGAAGAGGACAACGACUACAUAGAAAGCUACUUUGACAACGGGGAAGACUUUGCCGCAGACAGUGACGAGAACAUGGACGGCGAAGCCACAUACUAACCAAGCAAGUGUACAGUGAAGUAAAGGUUUUGUUUUGGGUAAAUAUUGUAAAUACUAGUCAGAAUGAAAGUUUUGUUUAUUUUGUGCGCCCUUGAGAGAUCGAGCUCCUCCUGUAAUGAAUUGCGUAAAUGAGAGACGCCAAGCUGUGUGUGGACUAGCAAUAAUUUAUUCAAAAUAGAUUUAUUUUCCAGCCCGUUGUACAUUUACACAGGUCGAAAAAGGCACAUGUUGUCGACGACACAAAAUGCUUUGUCUUAAAAUAUGAACACAGUGAUCUAAUAAAAGGGCUAUAUCAAAAA